AUGAGUAGUGACAAGCUUCAACUUCCUGAAGAUAAUUUUAGAGUGAAGGCGAUAGUUGAACAGCUACAAGAAGAAGAAAGUUAUGACACGUCUUAUGAACUCUCCACAGAAGCCUCACAAAAUCAAGAUGCUCUCAAACAGAUUCCAACAGCUAAACCUAUCUGUGUUGACUCAAGGAAUGAUCGUAGCUCCAGGGUUAAACGUCCAAAGGUACCUCUUCAGACAAAGAAGCACAUAUCCUUAGGUCCCAUUGCUUCUGAUAAGGUCUCAAAGGAUGUGUUGAAGUCAGAUAACAGAAUUUCAAGGAAAGCAAGUUUGAACACGAAACAUGAGUCUUCUGCUCUCAAGUCUCGAGUUGGAACUACUAGCAAAUUCAGAGGAUGCUUCCAUUGUGGGAAGAUAGGUCACAGAUGGCAGCGAUGUUUCAAACGGAAAAAAAAGGAUCCAAUUGCUUUGGAGUUUGAAAAAAGACUAUUCGAGAAAGGAAACCUCAAGGGAAUUAAGGAUAAUGGGUGUUGGUAUGGGGCUGGUCACAAAGAGCUAAACCAACUUGUCAAGAAUCGUGUCUGGAAUCUGAUUCCUCUUGACUCAGAAUGCAAAACUACAGGACGAAGGAAAAGUAUAAAUAACAGGUGGAGACUACGCAAGUUCUGGCUUGUCUUCAAGAACAGUCCAAUCCACGUGCUAGAAAAUAUACAAGGGAAUGUCAUGUCAUUCUCUUCUGAGUCAAAACACACUGCUAAGAAGAACAGUUGUGAUCACUUAGACUCAAGACUAUGUCAAUGGACUGCGUUUGUGCGUGGGCAUGCUAAGAUUACUAAGAACAAGAAGAUUAUCGAUGAAUGCAUUAUCAUAAGAUCUAGGCUAUAUGUUGUCUCAGACAAGACUGGUGGUUCUAAGGACAAUAAAGCUACAUCCAAGAAGGUUGUUAAGAUUGAGCCAAAUCUAAGUUUUCUCGACAUAUUCAGCUUCUCAUCUUGUCCUUGA